AUGAAGCUUAACGUUUAUUUAACGUCGGAUUAAUUGUUCAUAAUAGUAAAACGUUAUAUUUUACAAAAAAUUAUUUAGCGUCUUAUUGGAACUAAUUGAUACAGUGGAGCAUAACGUUUACAAUUAUUUAUACUGUUUGUGAUAAAGUUAUUGUGUCGGUAUAUGUGUAGUGUUUUUUAACAAAGUUGCAUUUAAUGGCCGUAUUUAAACAUGAUUGUCUAUUAUCAAAUAGAAAUAACUUUGGCAUUUAAUCAUUAUUUAAAAAAAUGACUACAUACGGGAUCUACUUUAUGUAAAAAGUAUUGCAAUUGAUUUAAAAAAUAUUUAAACUUGCACUCGUAAUUUAUUACAGCGGAUCAGCAAUGUUGAGAAUGAAAAUUACAACUGCGGUGUUUUAUUAUAUUUCUCAGCUGUAUUACGUCUGUGCUAUAGUAAAAAUUCAACAAAGACAACUUGAGUUUACUAAACACGAGUUAAUUUUUGGUCAUGAGUCAUUUAAAGAUGGAAAACUUACGUAUGCUGUGUGUAAGAGCAACGUCACGUCCAACGAAAAAUUAUGUAUAGUGACACGCGAGAAAGAACCUUUCUCCAACAAUACUUUAAGUUGCAAUGUAACUCUCAAAAUUUUAGCGAUGAAAAGUAAUGAUAGAGAAAUUGAGGAAUCGAUUGGACUAGUACCUUUUGCAGGAGACAAAGCUAUCCUUUAUGUGGUCCAAAAAUACAGACGUACAAAAGUUAAAUUUAACACUAUUCAAUUCCAUGGAUGCAACGUUAUCGAGACUCACAUAACAGUUUCAAAAUUCGUUUUUUCCAAGUACAAUAUAAUGGUAAUCCCUUAUAGUAACUCUUACGAUGUCGUCUAUCCGAGCACAUCAAAAGGUUUUCAAAAAAUAACCAUUAAUCUGAAUGGUGAACGAAUUAAUGGACCGAUUGAUCUGGGCUAUUUUUUAUGGCUUGUACAUUUUCCUUAUAUUCUUCCGAUUUCUCAAAAGUCACGGAGAAAAGGAUUUGUUUACUUGAGCUUUGUUUUGGAUUCGGACUGUCCAGACGGAUAUAAUCUUAAUGUGUGGAAACCUGAUGGUUCGGGAAAAAUAAUUGGCCGGCACACAAUUGCUUUACGAUCACUCAAGGCAACAGAACAUGAUCUCGUUAGUAUAUGCCACGAUGAUGGCAAUUAUUCAUUAAAUUUUGUUAAGUGUACGCAGUAUGAUAUUGAUGGGAAUCUGAAGUUUCAAACAGACUCAAUAGGUACCCAAUAUGAGUCAAUUCUUUUUAUCUAUAACGCGCCAGGAGGUGGACUUUUUUUGUUUAGUGGAAAAUCGAAAAAUGAAACCGAAGAUAUUGAUUUUUUCAUAGCGAAGUUAGAUCCUGCUGGUAAAAACAAUGGAUUUGUUAGUAUAGGAAAAAUAAAAUUGAAAGCUGAAGCAUUAGUGACUAGUUUCUAUAAAAUUGGGGAUAGUGAAUACUGUAUCUCUCUGGUGGACUAUAAUGCUUUUGGUAUGACUUGUCUUGGAAGGAGCAAUCCCUAUUACAUCGAUCAAACUAUUGGUUGUUUUAAUGACUCCGACUUUUCAAUAUAAUUGGAAUUGUAAUUGCAUAAAAAGCAGAAUUAUCGGAUCAAGAAAUAUUCUUUUGCAUUAUGUUUAUCGACAAAUUUUUUUGUAACGCCAUAGUUUGUUUUAUAAUUAUGACGAUUUCAAAUGAAAAUUAUUGUUUAAAAAAAUAGAUAUUAGUGUGAAUUCGUUGUUUUAUAAAAACAUUUACUCAUAAAUA